AAAGCACAAAUUUAAAAGACGAGUUAGUAGCGAGCCAUCAAUUUCUGGGUGAGAACGAGAAGAAAGCGAAGGCAAUGGAAGAACUAAGGAAACUAGAACAAGUACAUUCACUCAUUACAUUAAUGGAGUCCCGCGGAAUCUCCAUGACUUCUUCAUCUUCCUCCAAUCGAUUCAUUGCCAAUUUCGUUCUCCUUUUGGUGCAACCAUGUGGAGAGCUUGACUUUGACGAUAAAUUCGAUUUGGUUUCUGAAUACAUGCCGAAGUUUUCAGAAGAGUUUCUUGGCGAUGUAUCAUUGCUGCUUGGCGAUGGAGACUACAGGGGAAAGGAGAUGGAAAACACUUUACAGCCUUAUUGUGACGAUAAGCUGGAUUUUGGUUUUUCCCAGAACUAUUGUGGGGAAAUGGCUAUGGUUGGCUUGGAUGCAAUGCAGCGUGCAAAUUCCACACUUGAAGAUUUUUUCAGAUCUUAUUUCAUGUUUCACGGAAUGGAUGCAAACAAACCUCAAUCUGUAUUCAAAUACUUUCCCAUUCUGUCAUUUACGGAAAGUUACAUAUAUCAGCUGGACACUUUGAAUGAGAAGAUAGUUUUGGGAGGCUUUGCUUUUGGAGAAUCUCAGGAAACAAAUGAAAAGAGCACUAAGAUUCUAAGUGCUAUCAAAUCUGAUCCACUUCGACCUCUUAUUAAUCUCUUUAAAUCACAUGGCUUAUUGACAGACAGAUUGGUCCAUGAACUAAGAAGUGGAGAGGAGUAUUGGGCCUUGGAAAGGGACCUAUGUGGUGCAUUGGCGAGCAAUGGGAAGGUCUCUAUUGAAGAUGUAAUGCGGGCUAUUCAUCUGAAAUCUUUUGAUUAUAGAGUGUUGAACCUUCUUUUGUAUCAGUUGAGAGGACAGAAGUUUUUGUGAAGGUUAAUGACUUGCACAUGGAAUUUCUAUCAAUCUCAGAAUUGCUAGUUGAGAUAGCUGACGAUUUGUAAGUAUUCUGCCCUCUCUCCUCCUGCUUCCAAGCACUCUGACCAAUCGCCCAUUUUGAGUUCUGCUAAUAGCUUUGCUCGUCUCCUGAAUUGAUGUCUACUAAUAAUUAAUUUGAAUAUAUCAUUUGGCAAGCACAACACUGGUUUCCCUUGAUGCUGGGUUCACUCGUUGACCUUCUGUUAGGUUUGAUUAUGAGGAUGAUGUACUGGAGAAUAAUUUCAAUAUUCUGCGGAUGUUUGUCCGGAUGUAUGGAGCUUCAGCUCCAACAGCGCUGGCAAAAUAUGUGAGCGAGGCUGAGGAAAAGUAUGACAAACUAUUAAAAGCUUUGGAUCCUCAUUUAUCCUCACUUUACCAAAGGAGAUGUGAAGAGGCCACUAAAGAAGGUGGUAAGGUGUCAGCGCAUCGGUUUGGAUCGUGGAGUAUCCCACCUUUGAUACGAGAUGAGGAGUCGUUUCGAGCAUCUGUUAUGUCAAAUAUUCAAACAUAAAAGGAGAUGUAACCUUAGUCUUCCUAAAUAGGAGAUUGUUGGUUCUACUAAUCUUUAUGCAUUCUUUUUUUGAAUUUUUUUUCUUUAUAUGAGUGGUAAGAAAGGAUAUAUAAAUAUGGAUAAUGUUCGGAAUGCACCUAAGUAUUUACUUUUUAUUCAAA